CAACAACCUCUCUCUCUUUUUAUCGCUCUCUCUCUCACACACACACACCACCCCUCACUCCUGGCACAGAGAAGACAGGACCACUGGAGAGACCAUACACACCUCCUCCUCCUCCUCCAGUCACUCACCCAGCCAUCGCCAGACGCUAAGCCCAGGAUGUGGACUUUGCUCUUGGGGGUCACCUUUGGAUUACUGGCCUCCUCCAGGUCGGAACCGGCUCAAGCUACAGUGAAAUCACGUAGCUGCAGCCAUGCCGGAGUGUUCCACGUGGAAGGAGAAACUCGCUACUCAUUGACCUUGGACCUGGCCAAGAAGCUGUGUGAGAGCCUGGGUAUCACCAUUGCCAGCAGGGAACAGGUCAUCGAGGCCCAUGCCCAAGGCCUAGAGACCUGCAGAUAUGGUUGGAUCAGCAACGGAAACACCACCAUCCUCAGACAAAAGGCUCGUGUUAACUGUGAAAACAACACGACUGGGGUCUUCUUCCAUCAUGUCUCUCCGGAACAACCCUUUGAUGCCUUCUGUUUCAAUGCAUCAGAUUUGUCUGACAAGAACUGUGAUGCGGCCAUCAACCUUGAUUCAACAGGACCAGAGAGUGUUCAGGUGACAGAUGUAGACCUUGCUUCAGAUGCUGCAGGCCCUGAGGAUGGAGCCCAGCCUGAGGCCACCGUCAACCCCGAGCCUGACACCCAGGACACCACCUCCGCCCCUGGAGAAAAGGGAGCAGAGAGCACCACUGAGGUAAUGGAAGCAGUGGACACAGACCAGCCUGCACCCACUGAGGCCAGCCCAGUAAAGCCAACAGCAUGGGCUGAGGGUGAUGCUUCAGAAGGGGCAGCCACAGAAAGCUCUGUCAUUAAAGAGCAGGUUGAGGGGAAUGAGACCCAGGAAGCCAGCCCCACGGAGCACCCUGUGAUGGUCACUGAGAUGGAAGAAACCACUGUGUCUGGGAUGUUGCCUUCUGCCUCAGAGGAGGAGGGGGCCUCUUCUAUGGCACCACCUGUUAAAGAGCCAGGAGAACCACAGGGUCGGGUCAGAGAGGAGGAUUUACAGGAGGAGGUGGAGGUACAAGCCUCCACGCAGCCCAUUCCUAAUGGGAAGAUGAAUCCAGGUAUGGGAGCAGACCCUACUCCAGCUGGGCAGGAGAUCAGUAGCACAUCAAAUUUGCUGAUCAUUGUGGGAGUGCUUGUGGCACUGGUUGCUAUUCUCCUCACGUGUGUUGUUGUGGUCAAGUAUAAGAGCUGGUGCGGUCAGCAGCAGACCCUGAUGAUCACCAACAAGGAUGGGAAUGAGGGUAACGGUGCGGCGGCGUCAGUGGCUAGCUCCCGCGCCCAGGAGAGAGAGCAGGAGAUGGUGACCCUGAUGAAUAAAGAGAAGAUCCAGGAAAACGGAAACACGGAGGAGUUCACCGCCAUCACACUGGAGGAGUCCCCAGAGAAAGAACAGCUAGCGUGAGAGAGUAGAGGAGGAGGAGAGUGAGAGAGGCAGAGAGUGAGUGAGUGAGUGAGUGAGUGAGUGAGUGAGUGAGUGAGU